UAUCGUUUCAUUAGUAAUAGUUAGUUUUGUCAUGGAAAACAUUAAUCUCAAACAUUUGCCGCCCAUAAGUGAAACGUUCCGGGCGUUUGAAAAGAGUCUCGGUUUUAAAAAUGACAUAAAAUGGACGAGUGCGAUUCUGCUGACACUUUACCAUAUCGCUGCUGUAUACUGGUGCUACCAUUACGCUUUGCCAGUCAAAAUGCAAACAGUUAUAUUCGCUGCAAUAAUGUACGUAGCAACGGGUUUUGGUAUAACAGGAGGAGCUCAUAGGUUGUGGACGCACAAGUCGUAUAAAGCAACUUUACCUCUGAAACUCUUUCUCUUAAUGUGUUUCGCUAGCGCCGGACAGAAUUCGUUAGAGCAAUGGGUACGUGAUCACCGUCUUCAUCAUAAGCAUAGUGAUACUAACGCCGACCCCCAUAACGCGAAUCGAGGACUUUUCUUUUCACAUAUAGGCUGGUUAAUGAUGAAGAAAAAUAAAGAGGUUAUCAUAAGAGGAAAACAAAUGGAUAUGACUGAUAUUCAUGAAGAUCCAAUACUCAUAUUUUAUAACAAACAUUUUGCAUACUUCAGAUUGCUGUUUUGCUUCGUUCUACCUUUCAUGAUCAACGUUUACAUUUUAAAAGAAUCGUGGCAGUGUACUAUCGCAUGGCAGUGGUUUAUUCGUUUCCUGAGUAUGUUUCACUCUGAAUUGACCGUCAAUUCUCUUGCACACGCCUACGGAUAUAGGCCCUAUAAUAAGAAUAUAGUUCCACGUGAAAAUCGAUUCGUUGCAACGUGCACUCUUGGAGAAGGUUGGCACAAUUACCAUCACGCUUUUCCUUUCGACUAUAAGGCGGCUGAGCAUUUUGAUCUCUUUAAUUGGGGCACAUUAUUCAUUCAGGCCUUUGAAAAAUUAGGGUUGGCUUACGGUUUACGUAUGGCAACACCGGAAAUGAUUAGUAACCUUUCUAAGAGAUUAGGUGAAAAUGCACAGUGACCAUGAUUGAAAUAACAGAAUGUGAUAAAUAUAAUAUUAAUGUAAUACGAAUUAAAACGUAAUAUUAAUAUAUUCUCAAGCCUUACGUUUUUUAAGUAAUGAUGUAUUAUAUGUUUACAAUAGUUGUAAGAUUAUCCAUCUGUUUAAUUUUAAUUCAUGUCUAUGAUUAAACAGUUUUAUUAUGACGAAGAUAUGUUAACUUAUUAGUUCUUAUUACGUGAAAAUAAUUUGGCCUUCCAUUUUUUUUAUGACAUUUAAAUAUUUUUAUAUAUGUUUUA